AUGCCCGGUCAACGCCUCUUUCAAUCCGAUCCGCCUCCUGAUCCCUCUCAUCUCCCCGACUCUAUUCUAGACAAUAGCGUCCAGCUCGACGUCUCCUCCCUUGCUAUCAGCAAUGUAGAGCUUGACGUUAUUCGGAAGUUCAGACGGGCUGCUAAUUACAUUGCUGCGGCGAUGAUCUUCUUGAAAGACGAUGUAUUGCUCGAGCGCGAGUUGACCUUCGAUGACAUUAAACCUCGUUUACUUGGUCACUGGGGAACGUGCCCCGGUCUUACACUCGUAUACGCACACCUUAGCCGUAUCAUCAAGAAAACCAACCUAGACUCUCUCCUAGUCGUCGGACCUGGUCAUGGCGCACCUGGCAUUCUGUCUUGCCUUUGGCUAGAGGAUUCGAUAUCGCCCUUCUAUCCUUCGUAUACGCGUGACAGAGCUGGUUUAACCAACCUUAUUGGAAAGUUUAGCGCACCUGGUGGUUUCCCGAGCCACAUCAACGCCGAGACACCCGGAUGCAUUCACGAGGGAGGCGAACUCGGUUAUGCGCUGUCCGUUGCCUUCGGCGCGGCGUUGGACAACCCGCAUCUUGUCGUCACCUGCGUCGUUGGAGAUGGCGAAGCGGAGACAGGGCCAACUGCUACAGCGUGGCACGGUUACAAGUUCAUCGAUCCAGCUGUAUCUGGUGCUGUGCUUCCCAUCGUGCACCUCAAUGGCUUCAAGAUCUCCAACCGUACCAUAUAUGGGUGUAUGGAUGACAAAGAACUCGUCGCCUUGUUCUGGUGCGGCAAUAUUGACAAGGACCUCGCCGCUUCCAUGGAAUGGGCUUUGAAAGAGAUUGCUCGUAUCCAACAAGCUGCACGCUCAGGGAAGCCAAUUGUUAAGCCUCGCUGGCCUGUGAUCAUUUUGCGUACCCCGAAAGGGUGGACAGGUCCAAAGGAACUUCAUGGCGAGUACAUUGAGGGAUCUUUCCGUUCUCAUCAAAUACCGCUCCCGGAUGCGAAGACAGAUGAGGGGGAGUUGAAAAUGCUGGAAUCCUGGUUGUCCAGCUACGACCCACGGCAACUUUUUUGCAUCGGUGGUGACAAGGAUACGCUCGACGGUGCACCCUAUCCCGACCUGCUCCAAAUCGUUCCCGACAACAGAGACAAACGACUGGGGAUGAGGAAGGAGGCAUAUGCUGCUUAUCAGCCGCUGAAGGUUCCAGUUUGGACACCCUUCUGCGUACAGAAGCGAUCGCAGGCGAGUUGCAUGAAGACGGUUGGUGAAUUUCUCAAGCGUGUGAUCGAAGACAAUCCGACGAGAUUCAGAAUAUUCUCACCUGACGAGUUGGAGUCGAAUAAGCUUGGAGCUGUUCUCGAGGUAACGGGCCGUGACAUGCAGUGGGACGCUGCAAGCCGCGCGCAAGACGGACGAGUCAUCGAGAUCCUCUCCGAGCAUACUUGCGAAGGAAUGUUACAAGGUUAUACGCUUACCGGUAGGACGGGGUUGUUCCCCAGCUAUGAGGCAUUCUUGGGCAUCGUAUAUACCAUGAUGGUCCAAUAUAGCAAAUUCGCCAAAAUGGCGUUCGAAACGAAGUGGAGACAAGAUAUAGGCUCUAUUAACUUCAUCGAGACAUCGACAUGGGCGCGACAGGAGCACAAUGGUUUCUCUCACCAGAAUCCCGGCUUUAUCGGUGCGGUUCUCAACUUGAAGGCUAAGAUUGCCCGCAACUACAUCAACCUCGUCGUUGGGAGCAAGCAGCCGACUUCAGUAUGGCUAGAUCCAGAAGAGGCAGACCGGCACUGCAUCGCAGGAGCUUCUGUAUGGAAGUUUGCGAGCGUUGAUGAAGGAGUUGACCCUGACGUCGUACUCGUCGGCAUCGGUACUGAGGUCACCUUUGAGGUUGUUGCAGCGGCGGCCCUCCUUCGCAAAGAAGUGCCCGACCUUCGCGUGCGCGUCGUGAAUGUGACGGACCUGAUGAUUUUGGGUCCAUUCGGUAGCCAUCCGCAUGCUCUGAGCGACGAUGACUUCGAUACGCUGUUCACAACGGAUAGAUCGAUCAUCAUCAACUUCCAUGGAUAUCCUCUUGAUAUUAGGGGAUUGGUAUUUGGUAGACCUGGAAUCGAACGGAUGGUGAUUGAGGGGUAUCGUGAGGAAGGGACAACUACAACUCCCUUCGACAUGAUGCUUUGCAACGGAACGUCAAGGUAUCAUCUGGCCGCAGCUGCUGUGCGUGCAGGGGCCCUUUUCAAUAGCAAGGUCUCCUGUGUAGCACACCAGGUGGCAAGCUACCUCAUGCACCGCGCUGCGAAGGACAAGGAGUUUAUUUAUACACACGGCCAUGAUCCCGAUGGCAUGUUUGACACGCCCGUGUUUGAGAAGUAA